AUGAUUGCCGCUGACAACUCUUAUCUUGAUAACACUGCCCUUCCAUCAGGCGAAUCCCCGGAGUUGAUCUUAGUGCAGGCGACCCCAGAGGAACGUAUCGCAGCUAUAAAGCUGAAUAGUCCAGCUUGGAAGGGUCCUUUGGACCUUGAUGCGUAUAUUGCACGAGAAAAUCACUUAGCCCAACAAGCAUUGACGAAGGAUGGCUUGACGAGCUGGUUGUUGGUCGUCCGAGGUCAACCAGAAGGUGAACGGGCAAUCCUUAGCUCCUGCGAGACAUACAAAAAGAAGGCAAUUUUGGCACAAAACGGUAAAGUGGAACAUGUAUCCGCCCUCAGUAUCGGCAGUGUUUUCUGCCGACCUGAAUUCAGAGGCAAGGGAUAUGCGAAAAGAAUGAUGCAGGAAUUGGUCAAGAAAAUAGACGUGUGGCAAACGGAGCCCAAGGCCACCAACAGAAUACCUUUCAGUUUGUUAUACUCUGAUAUCGGAAAGAAGUUCUAUGCUCAAUUUGGGUGGAUGCCCUAUCCCUCUACACACUUCAGCCUUACCCCGUUGCCAAAGGAUGAAUAUGAUCGAGCCAUCGUUCGAGGAAACCUUCCAAAGGCGAGGACCUUGGUUGCAGAAGACGUUCAUCGUUUCAUGUGCAACAAUGACGUGGUUCAAAAGGAGCUAGAUAUCCUCCGCAUCGCAUCUCAAAAAUCUGCGAGUGCCAAAGUAGCGGUCGUCCCGGACUUUGACCAUUUCAAGUGGCACUGGGCAAGGGAGGAGUAUUACGCAAAGAUUCUCUUCAAGGACAGAACACCGCCAUUGAUCAAGGGUGCCGGUGAUGAACAGUCCAAAGUAUACUGUGCAUGGAAUAGAAACUUCGGUGAAACUCCAGAGGAAAACACUCUGUACAUCCUGAGGUGGGUGUACGACGAGCCAACUUCACCAGAGGAAACAGAGAAAACCGCAAAAGCCAUGGCCGCAAUCAUAAGACGUGCCCAACUAGAGGCGCAUGCGUGGGGUAUGGCGAAGGUUCAGUUCUGGAAUCCAACCCCAGUGCUGGAGAGGGCUGUUUCCAUUUUAGACCCUACGGCGCAGGUCGUCCAUCGGGAGCAGGACAGUGUAGCCUGCUUGAGGUGGAGUGGCGCCGAGCAAGGCAAGGACGUUGAGUGGCUCUGGAAUGAGAAGUACGCUUGGUGCUGA